AUAUCCACAAACACACGUGAGAACCCAAUUAAAUUAAAGAAUAGACACACAACACCUUUCUGCAGAACCCAAGUAGAGAGAGAGAGAGAGAGAGUGAGAGAGAGCAAAUUAAGAUGAAAAGAAAGGGCAGGAGUUGUGACAACCAAGAUGCCGUGAACAGAGGUCCUUGGUCUGCUGAGGAAGACCAAAUACUCAUCAACUACGUUCAAGUCCAUGGAGAAGGAAAUUGGAGAGAGCUUUCCAAAAGAGCUGGUUUAAAACGACUUGGGAAGAGUUGCAGACUCCGAUGGUUGAAUUAUCUCAAGCCAGAUAUCAAGAGAGGAAACAUUUCUUCGGAUGAAGAAGAUCUCAUCAUCAGGCUACAUAGCCUCUUAGGGAAUAGGUGGUCUCUUAUUGCAGGACGAUUACCCGGGCGAACAGAUCAUGAAAUCAAGAACUAUUGGAAUACUUAUUUGAGAAAGAAGGUAGAGCAAAACCACAACUAUAACAACCUUCCUGGUCAUAACAACAUUCCUAUCAAAUUAAGAAUUGAAUCUCCACGGUGCUCAAAAAAUUCAUUGGGUAUUGUUAUUGAUCCUACAAAAUCCUCUCACCCAGUGACGAUUAAGUCAAUGAGCUGCACCGAGGUUAUGAUGCCAACGCGAACAGUCAAUGAUUUUACAACAAGUUGGGAUAAAAACCCUUUUGCAUCGACCCCACAAGAUGGCCAUGGUCAUUGCUCAGAAGGUUUCCUCAAACACUUUGAUAUUAGUGACGUAUUAAUGCCAUACGAGGAUUGUCGUUUUAAUGAAUAUGCUUGUGUCGAAGUACCCCAACAUUUUGGAGAUGAAGCCUACAAGGUUAUUGAUGCGGUGGGUGAAACACGGUAUGAUAAUUGGAAGAUUGAUGACUAUUUUCCACUAGACUAUGAUGUAGGUUUUUCUUUAUUUUAAAAGUUGAUGACAAACCUUAAAUAUAGUACUUAGGUGGUUUUAGUACGAUUAUUCAAUCAAAACUAAAACAUACCUCAAUAAUUCAUAUAUUUAUAAAGGUUGAUAAUAAUAUUAGCCAUGGUUUUGAGGUAAAGUUUUAACUUUGAUUGCAAUAUCGUACGUAGAGUAUUAUAUCUAAAUUUUCUCGUUUAAAUAUUUUAUACAUGAUGGAUGCAUGGUUGAGGAUGUUAAAAUGAGUUUUGAUGGUUAUUUGACCUUUGGUGUGACUAGUGUGAUGAGUUGUGUGUCAUUAGACAGAAUUGAUUAUGCUAUGAGAGUUAUAUUGCAAUUUGGGUGAAUUGUUGCAUGAGAGUUAUGAAAACUACCAAAUGUUACUCUACAGUUUUAAGGUGUUACAA